AUGGCUCCUAGCCUACGAGACUUGAUUGAUUUCUUGCUUGCAGAGAUUGCGCUCUGCGGCACUCAAGAUGGCUCUGGCCACGCACCAGUUGUUGACAGGCGAUUCCAGGAGAAAGUCUGGCAGUGGCUCACCAAGAAUCCUGAAGUUUCAGUAGGAAAGGGCCGGGAGGGGAAUGGGCUGAGCCUUGAACAGGCCGAAAGGCGUCAACACGCGAUUAACAAUGCGGAGGAGAAACCGCUGAAUGUGUUUGUCUCCUUGGAGCGAACAUGGCUCGCCAUCACCGGCCAUGAACCCGAUGACACCAAAGUUCUUCCCAUGGAGUUCGCGCUUCUCUCUAUCAUUGCCUCUCGGAAGUCUAGUGGGAUAUCCCAGCCAGACUUGAUAAAACUCAGCGGCCAGGACAAAAGAUCAGUACCGAAACGGACGGAUGUUCUGCAACAAAAGGGGUAUAUCGAAAAGAGAGCCAUCCAACUGAAGGGUGCUCGUACCAGCCUCUGCACACUGCGCAAGUUCGUAUCGCAAGAUGCCGGAAAAUCAGCCGCCGGCACUUCUGAAGAUGGACCAAAUGCCGUCAAGAUGAUUGAUUUCAAUUCGUUCACCGACACGCUUUUCGGAAUCUUGCGAGAGCAUAAAAUCAUCUCGCGCAACGAUCUGAAGAGAGUGCUGGGCUUCAACGAUCACUGGCAUUGGAAGGUUCUCUCUCGUGCACUGCGCAAGUUCGAGCGCAUAGGCGUAGUCAAACGGGUCAAAGCCAUGUCGCAGUAUGCUAAGACCAUGAAGAAGUACCACCCUUGUGUAAUGCUUGUGCGAGAACCCACGGCGAAGGACAUUGAAUUGUUCCACGAUUUCAGCAUUCAUAUGUAUUCAGACAUCAAACAGAAUGACGAAGCCGAAUUUGAGGAUGACGCAGAGGGAGAAGAGGCAACCGGAGAAGCGCCCGCCGUAGGAGAUAUCCGAGCGAUGGAAGGAGAACAAGGCGUGGAGGCUUCUGGGCGUGUUCUUCCCCUCUGGAGCCCUGACCGAGUCAUCCAUAACCAAUUAUUUGAAGUUGUUGACCGAGCAGGGACUAUGGGGUCUACCAACUCUCUGUCGCAACCUCCACACUUACGCCACCUCGCUCUCGUGCGUGACACGGCUCUGCAACGCACCAUUACGCAUUACAUCCACUACUCUGCGAGGAACUUUGGCAAAUUGGUUGAAGCUGGAGAGUCCUCAUGGGAAGCCGUUGAGUUCAUCCCAAGGAAUAACAGAUCGAACACCGUUUCCAUUCCGCCCGUACACGCCGAACCACAGCUUGAUGCUUACGGGCUCCCCCAGGACGUCCCAGCUAGCGACUUGGUGAAGAAUGGCGAUUGCUCUCUCUCCGACUGCAUGUGGGUUGUUAAACCAAAGGAUUACAACAUCUCGAGUAGCGACCCCAAGGCUGUAGAAUUAGAUGAUGGCACAUACGCUAUCCAGUAUGGAAUCAAAGGACAUUCUGUGCAGUCACCAGCUGGAAGACUGGCUACUCCAGAUACAACUUCGCUGCUGGAAGUUGAAAGAGAACGGGCGUCCAGUGUAGACGCAAACUUAGCCAGUACGCCAGUACCAAAGCGUCCCCGAAAGAUUAAACGUGAAUCCCAAAACUUUGCUGGAAUGUCUGAGUUGGAGAAACUCAAAGCUAUGGGCCUCGAUGAAUCGUGGACCGAAUAUAGUGUUCUGCUUAUAGACCGCCAAGGUCCUGGAGUUUAUAUUACUCCACGGGGCCGACGGAAGCCAGCUGGCAAGGAACGAGGGCGUCCACCCACUAGUCGAGUUGCGGUAUUCAAGUCUACCAAGUUGCUAGACCUCCCAUGGUUUCGAACAGACAAUGAAAGCCUGGAUAUCACCCGGGCUGCAUCUCAGUCGCCUGAACCUUUCACCAUUGAUCCGCGCUUGUCAGCAACUGCUGUUCGGGGUGCUCCACCAAGGAGCGCGGAGGAAACAAAUGUUGUGCAUGGAACAAAAAGAUCCCAUCAACAUGACUCUGGCUCGGAGUCAGGUACCUUGUCUCCAAAGGCUCGAAAGCUCCGUCGUACUGGUCGCAUUAGCAACGGUUUCAGGAGUUCUCAGGAGCUAGUUGCCGAGGACAUUUUUGCUGAUGGGCAAGCAUCGGAAGCACACGCGCACGAAGCUCAGACGCCGUCUCGCAUUCAAGGAAAGAGGAAGAGAACCCUGUCCCCUGAAAGUGGACAUCAAGAUGUUAUCCAUGUUCGUAAACGGGGCGGACAAUCUGCUAAGCUUUCACAUGACAUGCCAACAACUGAUGGAGAUGGUCCAAAAGGCCCUCGUCGAAAGCUUACUACUCGACAAGCCAGCAAAGCAUCAAAAUCUCUGCUAUAUCCACAAGAAAAUGGUGAAUUUGCUGCGAACUCGAUAAAAUCAUCACCCAAGUCCUCCAGACCUGUGCAAUAUUCACAGUCAGCACGCAGCGAAAAUACGUUGUUUGUUUCUCAAUCAGCCAUUGAAACCCCAACAGGUCAAAAUGGGACGCUGGAAUCGCCGCAGUUGCAAGAUGGUGCCCCCCUUGCGACGGUUUCUGGCACCGUAGCCAAAGCCCCCAUCAUUGCAUCUUCUCCUGUACCGUCAAGACUGCAGUCAGCAACGCCUGCUGCUUUUCAGACUGAGACUUCCGCAUCCAAUGCAACACCAACUCCUGAAACAUCAUCAAGGAGAGCUACACGAUCAAAGCUUGUAGAUAAAGGAGGCUCGGUUGCGUUUUUGCGAAGAAGAAUUGUCAUGGACCUUGUGGAGAAGGCAGGAGGUGCUUUUCCAAUGGGUUCUGAGCUUUGGUAUCCUUUUGUGACAGCCUGGAUGAAAACCAAGUACAAAGAGAAGCCCGAUAUGCGCACGCUCAGAAAUGCGGUAAAGCACUUGGUAGAUGCUGGGAAACUUCGGCAACAGACCUUUUGUGGUAAAGACAGCAAAGGAGUCAUGGUUACGAAGACCAUCAUUUGUAAGGCGGAAUUAGCACCAGAUGACCCGGUCAUAAAAGAGAUGCAGGAGAAGAUAUUAGCAUCAGGUGCCCGACAUUAUUUCCCGCCUGGCGUUGACGUUGACCCGAACCUCACCAAACAAGGGACUGGAUCUAAGCUUGUUAGGGGGGGUGAAAUCCCCGUCGAACCCGGCCUCACUGUGCAGCUGCAUAACAAACCGGCGCUUGUCCAGGCCUUGGAGAAGAGAAAGGGGGCUACUAUCCAACGAAGACUGAAUCGGCGUCUGGAAAUCGAGCAAAUGCGGGAGAGCAUGCAAGAAGUACGCCCGUCAGGUGUCAUCAGACUUUUGUCACGGCCACGUCCUGAUUGGUAUAUACCUUCUUCAGGACCUGGGAUGGCUCCCUUGUUUACGGAUGACCCCAGCUUUGGGGCUCUCCGUAAACACGGCGGAAGGAGACAUCGUCCUUCCAGCAUCCAGACUGUUGAUAAUCGCCAGCUGAAACGCAUCAAUUUCUCUUUGUCUUUGUUGGCACCGUACGCGAUGUUGAUGAGUCCGGCUCAAUCCUUUAACCCGCUGAAUGGGACUUUUUCGACAGAUGCAGGCCUGGCGACUUUCAGUUUGGCUAGAGCCCCUCAAAGCCGCGCGAAGCAAGUAUUAAUGGCACGCGCAACGUUGAUGCUAAUGAACCCAUAUCAAACAUUUAGUCCAAACAACGGGACAUUCUCUACCAAUGCAGGCCUAGCAGCUCUCUUUAUGUCAAGGUCUAUUCAAAGAUCAAGCCACAACCGUUCGACGCGCAAGCAAGAGGCUCAUCUGCCCCAUUCACUCGACGAUCAACUCAUGCAAGCUGGGAGACGUAAUAUACGUAUCCCGGGAGAGACUGACUCGAGAUCAAGGGACUUCAUCCGAGACACCAACGCGAUUCUUCGGUGGGAGCUUCAAAAUGAAAGACUCCUGCAGGAGAGAAGCAAGGAUGUACGUUACAUCAAUCAUGGAAUUAGAGAUUCUUUCGAAAGUGCUCCAAUCGAGGGUGGUAUCCGAUUUCAUCCUGAGGAAAUGGGUUUCAUCUAUGAGGAACCGGCUGUCGGCACACGGCGUCAGACAGGUUCUUCACCAGCAUUCACCUUGGAAGAGCAUUCUGUAUUUCCGCCACCUCCACCUCGCGACGCAAUGCGCAUGCGCCAUUAUAAUCCUCCCCCGCCUCCUCGACCACGUCGCCUGGAAAAAUUGAACGAGAUGUUGGCAAGUGGAAACGAAUCUACAUCCCCGUCGGCUAGUCGAACACAGCUCCGCCGUAAUCGGCUUCCGCUGCCUUUCUCACGUUCGUCUUACCAGAAACUGAUGACGGCAAUUGUCGCCGUACGUGCAUUAGCUGGAGGCUCCAACGGCAACAUUGUCGACUGGCCCUUAGUAUCGUGUUGCUUUCCGGAGCAAGAUUCGAAGGUGAUACAAGAUAAAGGCAAGAUUUUCUUGGCUAAAAACCGACUGCAAAUCGCGAAGAUGCAGUAUGACUUUCAAGAACGAUUCGUCGACGCGUACGCGAACAAUGAAGUCCCGCAAAUUGACUACAACAAUCUUGAAGGGUACGACUGGAACGCAGUUAUUGAGUGGGCCAACGCGAAUCUAGAUGUCCCGAAGUCAGACCGGACUCCGGAUCUUCCUGCCACAAGGGAGCAAUUCGACAAUAUAUUCGAGCUCCGCGAGGAACCACUAGGUUCAUUGGAUGAACUAUACCAAACGACAACGGCAGUCACCCUUAAUCGCAAGAAACAGUUGAUAUCGAACAUAGCGUUUGCCGCUCCGCUGCCGUACGAGGUAGGCCGCUACUGUUCGCGACGGCGCCUAGAGCUUUCUCGCUUCGAGGCAGUGAAGACAUGCGUUCGAGCAAACGUCUUCACUCCGGCCGAAGUUUACCGUGCUGCAGACGCCCGGGAUACCCUAUCCCGCAUCGACAAUAGCCUGCUAAACAACGCACUUCAAUCUCUCAUAACAGAGCGGGUUAUUUCACAGGCGAACAAGGGCCGCGUUGUCCCGGGCCGUAACUACGACAUCACAGACUACUUUAUCCAGACUCUCAGCAAGAAACGGCCCAUUGAAGCAACUGACGUCCGACGCGCGUCUAAAUUCAAGACCGAGACUCUCGACCCGGCACUGACCCAACAAGGCGUCUUUAGUGUCGCCUUUAACGCCGAAGACGGCGACAUCCUAGCCCUAAUCAACCUUUUCUCUGAAGGCCGGAUCAAGUUGGCCCCGCGCGAUCCCCCUCGGGACAAAUUUGGCCUUACAGAAGGUGGGUACCUCACGCGCAUGAUGAACAAAGAUAAACUCCGCUUCCCGGUCGAUGUCUACCCGGUUGCUGGGAGAUAUGUCACGAGUAACCCGGUCUCCGAGAAGGCGUCCACUAUCCCACCGCCCUGUCCGCCGCGUAUUCCUAUUAUUACCUCUACCGACGAUACGGGGACAGGAGCGGGAACAGUCUCUGCCCCCGAGAAAUACCCUCUGUGGCUUGAUAUCCAUGGAGGUUUUAUCCAGGUCCUUUGGGAUCUUGCCGUCGGCGCCAUCGUUGGCACUGUUGCCGUGAGACCGGGUAUAUCCGCGAAACGGUUGGCCAGCGCGAUUAAGCCGACAAUGGGUGAUUGGGAGGUGCUCAUGGUGCUCGAAUGGCUGACUGAUGUAGGAGUUGUGCGGAAGAGCAGCGGCUGUGCUGGUCCUGGUGCUGAUGCUGAUGAGGACACUGACGAAGCAUGUUGGUUUGUUAGGGAGUGGUGGGGUGGAUGGUCUUAA